UUGGCAUCCAUCUCCACUGCAAAAGAAAGAAAGAAAGAAAGAAACACAUGUCAAACCUUUGAACUGAACUGUCCCCAAGUUAUUCUCCGAGUCUUCAAUAUGCGAACUCGAGCCUCCGCUCCCCCAUCGGAACCUCUAGAAUCCUCCAAACCGACCCCCGUGAAGCCCAGCAAAACAUUCAUCCUUCCUUCCUCUGCCAGUCCAGAUGCCAGAUUUAUUACUUUACCCAACCCACGAACAGACGAACCGACGCGCUAUUUCUUUUGCCCCAAACUAGGCGUGUACGAGAUCACCGUUGUCACAACCCCUGCGCAGGAUCCGCGGAGUAUCCUCUAUUCUUUCACAUCCAGUUCCAGCAACAAUGGCAACAACGAGGGCGCAAUCGCCAAAUCAGCUAAACUCCUAGUUGCAACACCGAUAGAUGCCCUUUUCUUUAUGAUCCCGCUCCUCGCCCCUCCCUCGACCUCCGCUGCGAAUCAAGGCAAGAGACUCUUCCAACCGCUGGACGAUAUUAUCGACUCUCGAGACGACCUAUCCAAGCAUCUACGGGACAUUCUCUACAAUGAGACGUUCAGGGAGACGCUGCUCCGCCGUGUAGAUGCGGUCUGCGACUCCGUGGAAGCGGGCGACGAAAAAAUGUUCCGAUUUAGCGAGGCAAAGCUCCUUCGGGAAUUACUGAGCAAGGCAGAGCGCAUGUCCUCGCAGGGUCUCCCAUGUAGUUUGGAAGAGCGAUUCGUGAAGCAAGCUCUCGCUAUGCCGCUUAUGUCAGUUUCACGGAAUGACGCUAGCACGAACGGUGAAUCUUCUACUACUUCAGCAACCGUAGCAAAAGAUGAGGAAAAAGAAAGCGAAUCCCCAGAAGGCAAAGAUGUUAAAGAAACCCAGUCCACAAUAAUUGCCACUGCCACUGCUACUGCUUCAACAACAUCAGUAUCCACGCCUACGAGCGAUUCAACGUCAACGUCAACACCAACCUCAGUCACAGAGCAACUCCCCGAGCAACCAACAUGCCCGGACUCCAUAGUCCGCCUCCAGCGGAUCUCAACCGCCCUCACCUUCCUGAAAAACUCAUAUGCCUCUCCCGAGUUAAGCGCAAAACUCGACGCGAUGCUUGCUGCCCCGGAGACCCCUAUCAACUUUGAACCUCUGCACGCCCAUCUCAAAUACCUUGCUGGGUUGCGCGCGGAAGCGCUCGCGUCUCGAUCGCUAGGCGAUUUCAGCCUCAAGCGAACAGCAGAGGACGACGACGAUGUUGCGGAGUCCCGGGCUGAAAAGAAACGCCGUAAGGAGGAAGAAGAGAAGAAGAAGAAGGCCGGGGAGUCGCGUGGGGUAAGGGAGUUGAAAAAAGUCAAUACAACGGGGAUGAAGAAGAUGAGUGACUUUUUCGGAAAGGCGACUGUGGCUAAGAAGAAGUCUUAAGUCUAGUUAUGGCUAUGGGUAUGGCUAUGUUAUAUCGUCUACCUCUGCUUUGGACGGGUAAUAUACAAACACUCUCUGCGCAGAGAUGGGAUUUUGACACCUCCUACAUCAUAUGGCCUAAUAAGGAUUCCUAGAUCUCUAGGUCGGAAUCGAUGGGAGAAGUCCCAGUCAUUCAUUGCCUCUGUUAUCAAGCAAAGUUGACCACUCCUAAGCUACUAACUAGCUCGAGAGCAAAGAACCCCCCCCCCCCCCCCC